GACCGACCGACCGACCUGAGUUGCUAAGUAACCUCUGCAGUGGGAGGCUGCUGCCUGGCUGGAUGCUGCUGAUGUCCCACACUUCAAACUGUCCCGUUUCGGACGCAACACUUCGUUGAGGAGGAUGGACGACGGCUCCGACUUGUCCCUGACCAUCGCUCAGAUCGUCCAGCGGCUGAAGGGAAGCCACCUCCACUCCCAGAUAGAGAGGCAAGCCAAAGAGUGUUUACAUCAACCUGAGAUCAAGCUGGAGUCCCUCAAAGAGGACGUACGCAGUUUUCUCAAAACAUCAGGCUGGGAAAGACAGCUCCAGAAUGCAGUGUACAGAGAACUGCAUGUCCAGCUGCCCCCGAGUCAUCCCUCAGCUCCUCCAGAGCAUCUCAAAGAGCCACUGGCCUACAUGCGCAAGGCACAGGCCAGCUGGGAAAAGCGUGUCCUCAAAAGCCUGAACAGCAUGAGUACUGAGCUCGGAGUGCCUCUGGCUCGCAUGAGGCCCGCAGCGGAGCAGAAGGAGCUCACCAACAAAUGGAACGAGAUGGGCACAGAUGAACCAGAUUUAACUCGCUUUAGGCCUGUAUAUGCCCCCAAAGACUUUCUGGAGGUGUUAAUCAGCCUGCGGAAUCCAAAUCAUGAUAGCAGCGAGGACGUCAGCGUCAGGAGCCACUGGGGUCUCAUCCAUGUUCCUCUCAACGUCAGGGACAUCCCUCAGCUGAGACGGGCCUACUCAGAGCUGAACCUGACCUCUGGACAGUUGGGGAUUGAUGACCAUGCACACAUCCAUCCAGACUUGUUUGAAAACGACUAUGUUCAAAUCGGGAAAAAAGUGGUUAUGGAGCAGGACAGUGCAGCAGCGCAGCAGUACAGCAGACAGGGCUGUUCUACUGGGCUCCGUGCAGACCUGUGGGCCCUCAUCCUUAACUCUACUAACCAGCCACAGGAUGUGAUGCAUUAUGAACAGCUAACGGCUGGAGUCAUACAGCAUGACCUGCUGGUGGACAACCUCAUCUAUAAGGAUGUGAAGCUCACCGCCAGUAACGACGACUACUACUUUGUGUUUGAAGAUUUCCUCUAUCAGGUGCUGCUGUGUUUCUCUCGAGACACCGCCGUCUUGGAGCACUUCAAAUACAACAGUGCCACUCCUCCCAGAUCCUUCAUCCAGGGGAAGGGAGAAGAUGAGGAUUGUGCUGUUGUUUAUCCUCCCAACGGUGUCAUCCCUUUUCAUGGGUUUUCAAUGUAUGUGGCACCUUUGUGUUUCCUGUACAACGAGCCAUCCAAGCUGUACAGUGUAUUCAGGGAAAUGUACAUCCGCUACUUCUUCAGAUUACACUCCAUCUCCUCCUCGCCCUCGGGGAUUGUGUCUCUGUGCCUGCAGUUUGAGCGACUACUUCAGACUCACCUGCCUCAGCUCUUCUACCACCUCCGACAAAUUGGGGCACAGCCGUUGCGCAUAGCCUUUAAGUGGAUGGUGCGGGCCUUUUCUGGGUAUCUGUCUACUGACCAACUGCUUCUUCUCUGGGACCGAAUCCUGGGGUACGAUUCUCUGGAGGUAGUUGCAGUCCUAGCAGCCGCUGUGUUUGCCUUCCGCGCUGAGAACCUGAUGGAAGUGACGUCCCUAGGCUCAGCUGAGGCUGUCCUCGCUGACCUUUCAACCCUGAAGGUCAUGCCACUCAUCCAGAUCUUUUUAUUUGCCACCGCCAUCUGAGGAGCAUGGAAACUACAGGAUAGGAGUUGCGGUACGUACAUGCCUCCCGGAGCAUAAAGAGACACUCCCAGAAUGCCACUUUGCAAUGCUGUAACCACACCGACACAGUGUUGGCAAUCAUCCAUCAAGACACACCAGGCUACAGUGUGGGGAUGUCUCGCAUCUCACAUAUCUUGCACUAGUUCAAACAAAAAGCCAAACCCCUCUUUAGCAUGGAUGUACCAUAAAUAGUGAAUACCCGCUAUCACGUUAUUAGAUAUUAUACAGUAUGUAAGUAUAGCCUGCUAACCAGUAAGGUUAAGCUAGCCUCCUUAAGCCAUAUGCUCUGCAGGAAAGACGAUAUGCUCAGCAGUGCUUGGAUCAGCUGAGAAGCUCAUUCGGAGACGGGUUGCAUGAAGAAGUAAUUGUAUUGCGAUAGCAGCGUGCGAAAGAGAACAACAGUGACAUCUCUGAGCUUGGCUAAUGAAGUGUUAAUUAGCUCUUGCAAUUUACUCUGCUCUGUAGCUCCUGCUUGUAAUAACACUAGUAGAUAAUGCUGUUACUGAUGAAUGAGGAGAUUGGAAGCAUUAGCGUGCGCCAGUGUGUUGAGAGAAAUAGUCAAAUGACACAAACUGGAUUAGCAUGUCACUUAUAUAUAAUAGAAGCUGCUGUGUGUACACAUAAUGUAUUGUAUUCAUGAAGAAAUUGCAUAUUACUGCUUAUGGGGCAUUUAGCACCUGUAGUGCCAGUAUUUAUUUAAUUUCAUCAUGAACAUUUAUUUAAAAUUAUGCAAUUAAUUACAGAAUAUAUUCAGCUUUUUUUGUAUAGUACAAACAGUGUAUUUCACCUUUAAUUUAAAUGCAAGAAAAUCAUUUUUUAAAAUAAUAUUAACAGUAUUAUUUUAUUAAGCCAUUGCCAAUGUCUUUCAUUCAACCCAUUUAUU